AUGAGGACGGUUCUUUGGAUUGGCUUUGCAAUCCUGUCGAUUGUCCCGUGCUCCUGCCGCAAAAUCAAUAACCAUCUUCGCAUCGCGUCUUAUUUCAAUCCUCUCGCUAAUUUAUCGGGUGUGCCUGUCAAUAAAAUCGGAGUGAUUGAGUAUUACCUGCUCGACAUGCUCGCGCAAUACCUGAACUUUACGUACGAAAUCCACGUUCCCUCUGACGUUCCUCAGUUGGGCUCACCUGACCAAACCAAAGGCAACGGCUCCUGGACGGGAGUGCUGGGCCAACUUGUGCGCGACGAAGUGGACAUGUCCAUUUCAUUUGGUCCAUCGUUUUAUUCCAGACAUUUGAUUGUCGACGUUAGCGUAUCAAUCAUCCUUGACGACAUAUCGAUUGUGGUGCCCUAUCCGCAGCAAGAUACCAAUGCAGCAGGUUAUCUUUAUGCUUUCGAUCUUGCGACAUGGAUAACUAUGAUCCUAUCGUUUUCGUGCGGAUCUUUGGCAAUUUGGGUUGUGGCUCUGGUCCAAAAAAAAGGAGAACAGAAUCUACCAACAAUACUAAUGUUUAUCACCGCAGUUAGUUUAGGACAAGGAGGAUAUCUCAAACAAUACUCACAAUAUUCAUCAGCUUCACGGUUGAUCCAAGGCGCUGUCCUUCUCGCAUUGCUAGUGGUGUCGUACUCGUUCUGUGGAUUCGUCACAUCAAUGAUAACCAGCCCUAGAUACGAAUUCGUUGUUCGUUCUAUCGAAGACGUGGUGGAAAAUGAAAAUAUCCGGCCACUCAUCAUUAAAGAAUCGAGCACGCAGGUCGAAUUUGAGGAUUCGAGUAACCCAAUUUUUCAAGAGGCAUAUAAGCGUAUAAAAGCUAAUCCAAAGCUACUCAUUCCAUCAUCGAGUGAAUUCGUCGAUGUCUUAUUAAGCAAUCCACACGAUGUUUUAAUUAUGUCUAAUCUUUUAGCAGACUCUGAAAUCGAGAAGGACUUCAAGAGACACAGAGUUUGUCGCGCCACCGUCCUCCCCAAAGUUGUGAACGACAGAACAAACAGUUUGUUUCUCCAAAAAGAUAGCCCCUACACUGCGACCAUUAAUAGACUAUUGCUGUUGUUAAGGCAGGCAGGCCUGUCAGACUAUUUGGACACUACUUACGAUACAUUCGCGUCUAGAUGUUACAUUAACGAACGCAAAUUGAGAAGCAGCAAACGUGAUCGCCGAACGUCCCCAUUGACUCUUUACGACCUCCGAGGCAUUUUUCGCACGUUUGCGUAUCUAUUUCUUUGCUGUUUUAUUGCGUUUCUAUGCGAACUGAUCGUUGGCAAAUGCUGCCAGUUCCUUUGUCGGAGUGUUUGAUUCAGUGGUACUUUAAUAAGGAAAUGAUCGUAAGUA